CCUAUGAGUGUCCAGAGUGUGGGAAAGAUUUCUCUUGGCAAUCUGACCUGGUAAAGCACCAGAGGAUUCACACAGGAGAGAAACCAUAUGAGUGUCUGUAUUGUGGGAAAAGUUUCAGUCAGAAUUCUUACCUGGUGAAACACCAGAGGACUCACACAGGAGAGAAACCAUAUAAGUGUCCAGAUUGUGGGAAAGGUUUUAAUCAGAAUUUUAACAUGGUGAUACACCAGAGGACUCACACUGGAGAGAAACCUUAUGAGUGUUCAGAUUGUGGAAAAAGUUUUAGUAAGAAUUCCUACCUGGUCGAACACCAGAGGACUCACACUGGAAAGAAAAUGUAUGAGUGUCCUGAUUGUGAGAAAAGUUUCACUUGGAAUUCCAAGCUGUUGAGACACCAGAGAACUCACACGGGAGAGAAGCCAUAUGAGUGUCUUUAUUGUGGGAAACGUUUCAAUCAGAAUUCUCACCUUGUGAUACACCAGAAAACUCACACAGGAGAAAAACCAUAUCAGUGUCGAGAUUGUGGGAAAAGUUUCAGUCAGAAUUUCUCUCUGGUGAUACACCAGAAAACACACACAGGAGACAAACCAUAUCAGUGUCGAGAUUGUGGGAAAAGUUUCUGUUACAAUUCCUACUUGGUGAAACACCAGAGGACUCACACGGGAGAGAAAGCAUAUGAAUGUCUUGAAUGUGGCAAAAGUUUUAGUUGGAAUUCCAGUUUGGUGAUACACUUGAGGACUCACACAGGAGUGAAACCAUAUGAAUGUCCAGAUUGUGGGAAAGAUUUCCGUUAUAGGACUAGCCUUAUAAAUCAUGUAAGGUUACACAUAGGGGAAUAACCAUUCAAAUAGUUGGAUUGCAGACAGUGUUUCACACAAAUUUCCUGCCUUAUCACACAUGAAAUUUCACAGGAGGCAACAUUUAAUGUCUGUAGCGGAAUCUUUCAUUUCAUUUGUUGUCUCGCAUUGGAAACCCAGCUGAACAAUUAAAGAUUUAAUUACUUGUAUGAUUCUUUCUAGUGAAACUUGUCUUAGCAUCAAAGAUGAGGAAUUCGAGAGAUGAGAUGAUGAGAUGAGAUGGAAGGGACUUUCUAUGUCAUCUAGUCCAACGCCCUACUCAAACAGCAGACCCUAUAGGGUAUCAAACUAUUUCUUUGAGGGC